GUUAAGCUUCAGCUGAUUUUUAAUAGUGCUACUUCAAAGUUGCAAGUCGCAAGUCAGGAUGACCUCAAGUACCUACGCCUAAGCUAGCCAAGAUGCACCAAGCCACAAACAUGUACCUAAAGGCAUAUAUUAGGGCUGAAUGGUACUUCACUUAUACGCGUGGACUCCGCCUCCGCCACGAAGCUAGUUGACGUUUACUUUAAUAGAAGGCAGUUUCUUUGUUCAAGCUGGCCCUAUUACGACAUCUAUCGAAAAUCUACACGGAAGCUUAUCAUUCACUGCCUCAUUAACGUGUGAGGCGCAAGUUCUAGGUAGCAAUCUGAAAUAAAUAGGUGCCUUACCUACAUCUCUUAAGAGUCAUUGCCAUGUACCUAGGGUACCUAAGUCACUAUCAUCUUAUUUUUUAUAUAUUUAUCGCUUAGCAACCUGUAUUACUUCAUUCCUUCUCCCUUCGUCUACUCCGCUUUUGAACUACAUUUUCAAAUUCUGUACAUCCUCAACAUCAAACAUCUGGAUUACGGUAUUAAGAAAUAUUUUCGGAUCAAAGACCGAGGCGAAUUCUGAGCAUGUCAUAUCCUUAUGGCCAGCCGGGUUAUCCCGGCCAGUACCCUCCGGGUCAGUAUCCUCCUCCGGGCCAACCACAGCCAUAUCCUCCGGGCCAAUGGUCGGCACCCCCUCCUCCUCCUCAGGGGUACAAUCAACCUCCUCAAGGUUAUUAUCAACCUGCCCCUCCUCCUGGCCCCCCUCAGGGUUAUAAUCAAUACGGGCCUCCUCCUGGUCCUCCUCAAGGGUAUAAUCAAUAUCCCCAAGGCCAAUAUCCCCCUGCGCAACCUCCGUAUGGUCAGCCUUACCCCCCAGCACCCGUAGGACCGCCUACACCUCACAGUCUAGGAUAUGGACCACUCCCGCAAAUUCAGUGGGAUGCAAAUCCUGACGCGCGGACACUAAGGGGCGCCAUGAAAGGUUUCGGCACAGACGAGAAGACGUUAAUUCGUGUCCUAUCUUCUAAAGAUCCCAUACAGAUUGAGGCUAUCAAAGCAGCCUACUUCCGGAAUUUUAGCCGCACGCUCGAAAAGGAUAUAAUAUCAGAGACGAGAGGAUGGUUCGAGACAGGAUUAGUCGCGGUUGUCAGGGGACCCUUACUCCACGAUGUGCAUCUCUUACAUUCAGCAAUGGAUGGGCCCGGGACGAAGGAAAAGGUCCUCAAUGACGUCUUGCUAAGUCGCAGCAACGCGGAUAUGAAUGCCAUCAAGAGUAUGUAUCAACAAACCUUUCGCCGGUCACUAGAGAGCGACGUGAAAGGAGAUCUCAGCAUGAAGACCGAAAGGCAUUUCAUGAUCGUACUAGGCGCAAACAGGGCUGAAGACAGUGCUCCGGUCAUCCCCCAAGCUAUCGAUCAGGAUGUCAUGGAAUUAUAUCGCGCUACGGAGGGUAAAGUCGGUACGGAUGAAAUGAUGGUGUGCUCGAUACUAUCUACGAGAAACGAUAAUCAGAUCCGGGCUAUUAAUCAUGCCUACGAGCAAAAGUUCAGACGACGACUAGAGGAUGUUAUUAGAAAGGAGUUUAGUGGGCAUAUGGAGGAGGCUUUACUAUAUCAGCUGCGGAAUGCUAUCGACAAAUACAUGCAUGCAGCUGCUUUGCUCGAAGACGCAAUGGCAGGUUUAGGUACGAAGGAUCACUUACUAGUCUCGAGAGUAGUCCGAUACCACUGGGACAAGCAGACGAUGGCAAAUAUCAAGGGCGCAUAUCAGCAACGUUAUCGUCGAAGUCUUGCCGGUCGCAUUAAAGGCGAGACAAGCGGGGAUUACGAGAGGCUUAUGCUGGGCUGCCUUGGGGAGCCGGUCUAAAUGCACGUUAAGGGGGCCUUUCAUAGUUUUAUCUUCAUUGGUUGGCGUUACUCGGUGUCAUGUCGGGGAUGUCUUGUACGACUUUAUACCAUUCCGUUGAAACUUGAUGUUAUCCUAUUACGAGCAAGACAUGGUCGUCUGUCUUCGAUCAAUUAUUAGUCUGUUCCAAGCGCUAUGACUCUUUAUACGUGACUGCUAAGAAACUAUAUCAGCCGUAUAUAACUCUAACUUCUAUGCAGAUAUUUAAAUUUAAUGCUAUGACAUAUUAUGUCUAUUUUAGUGAAAGAUACAAUAUCCGUUGAGGAUGGUGCAAUCCUACCUACCUGCCCGCACCCGUAAAGGAAUAUGCUAAACCCCACAAUGGACAGCUGCUUUCACCUGCAAGGAACCGAAUCUUGGACCGCCAUACCUCGGCCUCGGCCAUUGUGGCGCUGCAUCGUUAAUACUUCAACUAAACUUUA